AUGUUCAUGGACAAAAGAUCAUCCGAUGACGAAGACGAAAAGGAUUCUCCCAAAUCCAAACGACGAGAGCUCGGUCUCUCCUGCAUGUUAAACACCGAAGUUGGCGCCAUCCUCGCCGUUAUCCGCCGUCCACCUUCCGAGUUAAACUCUCCUUAUAUCGCCACCAUUGAUGAAACCUACGAUUCCACAAUCCAACAAUCCUUAAAAUCCCUUCGAGCAUUAAUCUUCCACCCUCAACAAAAAUGGCGAACCAUCGACCCUUCCAUUUACAUCUCUCCUAUUCUCGACGUUAUACAAAGCGACGACAUUCCCGCUGCGGCCACCGGCGUCGCUCUCUCUGCAUUGCUCAAAAUAAUCAAGGUGGAAAUCUUCGACGAGAAGACACCAGGAGUUAAAGACGCAAUAAAUUUAAUAGUACUUGGAAUCACAAAUUGUAAACUUGAAAAAACUGACCUGGUAACCGAAGAUGCCGUGAUGAUGAAGGUUCUACAAGUUCUUGCUGGAUUGAUGAACCACAGAGCUUCGUACCUGUUGAAUGAUCAAUCUGUGUGUACAAUUGUGAACACAUGCUUCAAUGUGGUUCAGCAAUCGGCGAGUAGAGGGGAUUUGCUGCAGAGGACGGCGAGGUACACGAUGAAUGAGCUGAUACAGAUAAUAUUUUCGAGGUUGCCGGAGAUGGAGGUGAGAGACGGGGAGGAGUCGGAGUCGGAUACGGAGGAUGCGGAUUUAGGAGGGAGUAUGGAUUCAGGGUAUGGGAUAAGGUGUGUGAUAGAUGUGUUUCAUUUUUUAUGUUCGUUGUUGAAUGUAGUGGAAAUGGUGGAGGUGGGGGAUGGAGGGUUAGGAUCGAGGACAGCGGAUGAGGAUGUUCAAUUGUUUGCUUUGGUGUUGAUAAACUCGGCGGUGGAAUUGAGUGGAGACGCCAUUGGUAAACAUCCAAAGCUUUUGAGGAUGGUUCAGGAUGAUCUGUUUCAUCAUUUGAUUCAUUAUGGAGCAGCUUCCAAUCCAUUGGUUUUGUCCAUGAUCUGCAGUACAGUUUUGAAUAUCUACCACUUCCUUCGAAGGUUUGUUCGACUUCAGUUAGAAGCGUUCUCCAUCUAUGUGGCACUGAGAUUAGCAUCAUUUGGGAACUCAACCCAAAUCCAAGAAGUCGCACUUGAAGGAAUCAUAAACUUCUGUAGACAGUCUUCCUUCAUUCUAGAAUUUUAUGUAAACUAUGACUGUGAUCCCCUUCGUUGGAAUUUGUUCGAGGAGAUGGGAAAGUUGCUAUGUAAGCUCUCAUUUCCUACAGGAAGUCCCUUAACCACUUUAAAUAUCCAAGCCUUCGAGGGACUAGUGAUUGUGAUUCACAACAUUGCAGAAAAACUUGAUAAACAUAAAGAAGAAACUUGUGGGGGCAGCGGCAAUUUAAGAGUAUAUCCAGCUCAAGUAGACGAAUAUAUACCGUUUUGGGAAGAAAAAUCUAAAGAAGACUUAGACUUGGAGGAUUGGCUACGUUAUGUAAGAGUAAGAAAGGCUCAGAAGAAGAAGAUAUUUAUUGCUGGUCACCAUUUCAAUAGAGAUGAAAAGAAAGGCUUAGCAUAUUUGAAGCUUUCUCAAUUGGUUUCUGAUCCUCCGGACCCGAGAGCUUAUGCUUACUUUUUCAGGUACACUCAUGGAUUGGACAAACAGUUUGUUGGUGAAUAUCUUGGUGAUCCUGAUCAGUUUCAUGUAAAAGUGUUGGCUGAGUUUACAGAGACCUUUGAAUUUACAGGCAUGAUUCUAGACACUGCUCUUAGAACUUACCUCGAGACGUUUCGCUUGCCGGGAGAAGCGCAAAAGAUUCAUCGCAUUUUAGAGGCGUUUUCAGAGAGAUUUUAUGAACUACAAUCUUCAAAUACCUUCGCAAGUAAAGAUACAGUGUUUGUCCUUUGUUAUAGUUUAAUUAUGUUGAAUACUGAUCAACAUAAUCCACAAGUGAAGAAAAAGAUGACCGAAGACGAGUUCAUCAGAAACAACAGAGAAAUUAAUGCAGGGAAGGAUCUUCCUAGAGAUUAUUUAUCUGAGCUUUUUCAUUCGAUUUCGAAUAAUGCAAUUAUACUCUCACCACAGUCAGGUUUGCAACUUGAUAUGAACCCUAGUAAAUGGGUUGAAUUGAUGAAUAGAUCCAAGAUUAUACAACCUUUCAUGUCGUGUGAUUUCGACCCUCGCCUGGGAAGAGACAUGUUUGGCUGCAUUGCUGGUCCUUCUGUUGCAUCUCUUGCAGCUUUCUUUGAGCAUGCGGAUGAAGAUGAGAUGCUGAAUGAAUGCAUUGAAGGAUUGUUUUCCAUUGCUAAGAUAACACAGUAUGGAUUAGAGGACACGCUCGAUGAACUGCUGGCAAUGUUUUGUAAAUUUACCACUCUAUUGAACCCUUAUGCAUCUGCAGAAGAAACACUUUUUGUAUUUAGUCAUGAUUUGAAGCCAAAACUGGCAACACUAGCAGUUUUCACGAUUGCAAACAACUUCGGUGACACGAUUCGAGGAGGUUGGAGAAACAUUGUGGACUGCCUACUAAAACUCAAAAGACUUAAACUACUUCCCCAAUCCGUUAUCGACUUUGAAGUAGCUUCCACCUCAUCAAAUGAUGUUGCAAGGUCAGAUUCAGGUGUGAUUUUCCCAUCUCAAGAUCCUAAGUUUUGCACCCAGCAAUCCUCUGGUAUGGUCAGUCGGUUUUCGCAGUUUUUAUCACUUGAUAGUAUGGAAGAUUCCUUAACUCUCAACUUAAAUGAAUAUGAACAAAAUUUGAAGUUUGUCAAGCAAUGUCGCAUCGGGAACAUCUUUAGCAACAGUGCAAACAUACUUGAUGAGGCUCUACUCAAUCUUGGGCGGUCCUUAAUAUUUGCCGCUGCUGGAAAAGGACAGAAGUUUAGCACACCAGUUGAAGAAGAAGAAACUGUCGGAUUUUGUUGGGAUCUAAUUAUAACGAUGACCAUGACUAACCUAUACCGAUUCCAAGUUUUCUGGCCUAGCUUCCACGAGUAUCUACAAACAGUUGUUCAAUUUCCUCUUUUCUCUGCCAUCCCAUUUGCGGAAAAGGCUGUUUUAGGACUUUUCAAGGUAUGUUUAAGGCUCCUUUCGACACACCAACCUGACAAACUACCUGAGGAACUCAUCUUCAAGUCCAUAAAUUUGAUGUGGAUGCUUGAUAAGGAGAUUCUUGAUAAUUGCUUCGAGUCCAUAACACAAUCAGUAAGCAAGAUUCUUAUCGAAUACCCAGCAAAUCUCCAAAGCCAAAUUGGUUGGAAGUCACUUCUUCAUUUGUUGUCAGCCACUGGUCGGCAUCCCGAAACCUAUGACCAAGGAGUCGAGACCUUGAUCAUGUUGAUGUCAGAUGCGUCACAUAUAACACGCACAAACUAUACCUUCUGUAUAGAUUGCGCCUUUAGUUAUGUUGCACUCAAGAAUAGCCCGUUAGACAAGAACUUGAAAAUCUUAGAUGCAUUAUCAGAUUCUGUAAAUUUCUUAGUCCAAUGGUACAGGAACUACUGUGCAGAAUCAGGGAAUAGUUUUAGUGUAGUAAGCAAUGCAAGUAGCUCCUCAUUAGAUGACAAAGGUUUAGGAUCUUCUAAUUUUGCCUUGGCUUUAUUUCUCAAACUAGGCGAAGCACUUCGAAAAACGAGCUUAGCUAGAAGAGAAGAGAUAAGAAACCAUGCCAUUACAUCUCUUAAGAAAAGCUUUCUGUUGGCAGAAGAAUUGGAUUUCCCCCCAACCAACUGUAUUGGUUGUUUUAACAAUAUAAUAUUUGCAAUGGUAGAUGAUUUGCAUGAAAAAAUGUUAGAGUACUCUAGAAGAGAUAAUGCAGAGAGGGAGGCAAGAAGCAUGGAGGGUACUCUAAAGAUUUCAAUGGAGCUCUUAACAGAUGUUUACUUGGUAUACUUGAAACAGAUAUCAGAAAGCCCUGGGUUCCGAACCUUUUGGCUUGGGGUAUUGAGAAGAAUGGAUACCUGUAUGAAGGCUGAUAUAGGAAGUUAUGGUGAAUCAAGUUUGAAAGAGUUAGUCCCAGAAUUAUUGAGAAAAAUAAUCACAACUAUGAGAGAAAAAGAGAUAUUGGUGAAGAAAGAAGGUGAAGAUCUGUGGGAAAUAACUUACAUCCAGAUCCAGUGGAUUGCUCCUGGCAUCAAAGAUGAGCUUUUCCCAGAAGAAUGCUUUUGAAUAUGUGACAUAUUACUUAAUUUACCUUUGUUUUUGCUCUUAGAAGUUAAUCGGAGGAAUUUUUCUUCCUUCUUUUUAAUAGGAUCAUUAUAAAGGCAACAUAUCAAAUUCUGUCAA